AGAAGUUUCCAACAUAGCGAGUGAUGACAAGAGAUUUUCUGCAUUUAUCAUUUUUAAACGAGAAAUCAAAAUCAUGAAAAACUCAACUAGGAUCGAUAAAUUCCCUAUAAAUUCAUCAACUUUUGGUUCUCAUUUACUCCAACAAGCUCAAAGUGUUAGCAUUUUGCAGCAAAGGGAAAAUGGAGACAUUUAUUUUCCAAACACUGCUCUUCUCUUUUGUAAUGUUAGCUCUCUAUGCGUUAAUAAAGUUAGCCCAUGUCAUUUGGUUGAAGCCAAAGAGCAUAGAGAAGUAUUUGAGGAGACAAGGCAUCAAAGGCACUUCUUACAAGCUCAUCCAUGGUGACAGGAAAGAAAUUACAAGGUGUUACGUGGAAGCAAUGACCAAACCCAUCUCUCUAAACGACCCAAUUUUUCCACGUGUAUACCCAUUCUUUGAUGCAAUGGUGAAAAAUUAUGGUAAGGUGUCUAUGAGUUGGUACGGAACAAGACCAAGGCUGAUGCUGGCGGAGCCAGAGCUGAUCAGGUGGGUGUUUACAGAUAAGAGUGGUCAUUUUGUGAAGCCACUGUUGAACCCCCUUGUGGAUCUUUUACAACUAGGAGUCUCAACCUUGGAAGGAGAGAAAUGGGCCAAACGCAGAAAAUUGAUAGCACCUGCCUUCCAUCUUGAGAAACUAAAGGGUAUGCUCCCAGCAUUUUCAAGGAGUUGCUGUGAUCUGAUUCAGCGGUGGAACCAGUUAACGAGUGCUCAAGGAUCUUGUGAAUUGGAUGUUAAACCAGAAUUUCAUGUUCUUGCUGGUGAUGUAAUCGCUCAAACUGCCUUUGGAAGCAGCUACAAAGAGGGAAAGAAAAUAUUUCAACUUCAAGAAGAGCAAGUUCUUCUGGUCCUCGAAGCUUAUCAGUCCAUUUACUUUCCUGGUUUAAGAUUUAUACCCACUAAGAAGAACAAGAGGAGAUAUGCUAUAGACAAGGAGAUCAAAACAACAUUACGGGAUAUGAUCCUCAGGAAAGAGCAGGCCAAGUCUAGCAACGGAGACUUGCUAGACUUGCUACUACAGUGCAAACAACACUCUAAAAAUGAUAUAACAACUGAAGAUAUAAUAGAGGAAUGCAAACUUCUCUACUUUGCUGGUCAAGAGACCACCGCAAAUUGGCUCACAUGGACAUUGAUCCUUUUAUCUAUGAAUCCAAACUGGCAAGAAAAGGCCAGAGACGAGGUCUUACAGGUUUGUGGCAAGAGAACACCAGAAAUCCAUGAUCUAACCCACCUUAAAAUCGUUUCGAUGAUAUUAAAUGAGGUGUUCAGGUUAUAUCCACCAGUGACUCUUCUUCUUCGACAAACUCUCCAGGAAACCAACAUAAAAGGAUUGUCGAUUCCAGCUGGGGUAGAGCUUUUAUUACCUAUAUUGUUUGUUCAUCAUGAUCCUGAUUACUGGGGAGACAAUGUGGAAGAAUUCAGACCAGAGAGAUUUGCUGAAGGAGUUUCAAAUGCAUCAAAGGAUCAAAUAGCAUUCUAUCCAUUUGGUUGGGGACCUAGAAUUUGCCUAGGACAAAAUUUUGCUACUAUAGAAGCAAAGAUGGCUCUAGCUAUGAUUCUACAACAUUUCUGGUUCGAGCUCUCCCCGUCUUACUCUCAUGCUCCUUGUAAUCGAAUAACUCUUUACCCACAACAUGGAGCUCAACUUAUCCUGCACCAACUAUAAUCUUUUUACUAGCUAAUAGCUAUUAGCCUAUAUUAUAUUAUACAAUAAAGUUGGACACCACUAGUGUUCCAGAUGUUACUCAUUGUUUUGAUUUAGAAACAAAUGACCAAGAAUACCUAACGUGGCAUGUGAUUUUUGUA